GUACCCCUCUGAGGAUUCAUUAGGAAAUACAUGGGAAGAGAAGAAGACACCAACUGCAAUUAAAACAUACCCUUUACUGGGAAAGAGGUGUAUGGACUAACACAAGAGCCUCUCAAGCAAAGUUGGCUGAAUAGAGAUGGGCUGGAACAGCAGUACUUCCAUUGGUUUUGUGUUCAUCCUGGCUUUUCUAUCCAUUUUGAAAGCAGGAGGUUUCUGGAACAGCAGCACUUCCAUUGUUUUAGUGUUGAUCCUGGCUUUUCUCUCCAUUUUGAAAACAGCAGGUUUCUGGAACAACCAAAGACAGAAUUUUCCUCCAGGUCCAAGACCAUUACCUGUAAUUGGAAACCUUCUUUUGUUUGACUUGAAGAGACCCUACAGGACAUAUCAACAGCUGUCCAAAAAAUAUGGUCCAGUCUUCAGUGUUCAGAUGGGGCACAGGAAAGUUGUAGUGAUUUCUGGCUAUGAGACAGUGAAGGAAGCUCUUGUAAACCAGGCAGAUGCAUUUGCAGAGAGACCCAAAAUCCCAGUCUUUGAAGAUUUGACCAAAGGAAAUGGGGUUGUUUUUGCUCAUGGUGAAAACUGGAAGGUGAUGAGAAGAUUUACCCUGACAGCCUUACGAGACUUUGGGAUGGGCAAAAAGGCCAUCGAGGAUCGAAUUGUGGAGGAGUACGGGCACCUGGCCGACACCCUCGCCUCACAGGAAGGAAAUCCCAUCGAUGCCAGCAAAAUAAUUAAUGCAGCAGUUGCUAAUAUAAUUGUGUCAAUAUUGCUUGGAAAACGAUUUGACUACAAAGACUCCAGAUUUGUGAGACUUCAAAAUCUGACCAAUGAAAGCAUGAGACUUGCUGGGAAACCUUUGGUUACGAUAUACAAUAUCUUCCCGUACCUUGGAUUCCUCCUAAGGGCUAACAAGCCUCUCCUUCGAAACAGAGAUGAAUUCCAUGCUUUUGUACGAGUUACUUUUGUAGAGCACCUCAAAAACCUGGACAAAAAUGACCAAAGAAGUUUUAUUGAUGCUUUCCUGGUUAAACAGCAGGAGGAGAAAUCCACUACCAAUGGGUAUUUCCAUAAUGGCAACUUGCUAAGCUUGGUCAGCAACUUGUUUACUGCUGGUGUUGAGACAAUUUCCACCACACUAAACUGGGGCUUUCUGCUGAUGCUAAAGUACCCUGAAAUCCAGAAAAAGGUCCAAGAAGAGAUAGAGCAAGUGAUAGGGUCCAACCCCCCACGGAUCGAGCACCGAGCUCAGAUGCCAUACACAGAUGCUGUCAUCCAUGAAAUUCAGAGGUUUGCCAAUAUCCUGCCACUGGAUUUGCCCCAUGAGACUGCAGCAGAUGUCACCCUCAAAGGCUAUUUCAUUCCCAAGGGAACCUACAUCAUCCCUUUACUGACCUCAGUCCUGAAGGACCAGUCGCAGUGGGAGAAACCAGACAUGUUCUACCCUGAGCACUUCCUUGACGCCAAUGGGAAAUUUGUGAAGAAAGACGCUUUCAUGCCUUUUUCAGCAGGGCGGAGGAUCUGUGCUGGGGAGACUCUUGCCAAAAUGGAGCUCUUCCUCUUCUUCACCAGUCUCCUGCAGAGGUUCAACUUCCACCCUCCACCUGGAGUUUCCAGCUCAGACCUGGACCUCAGCCCUGCCAUUUCAUUUAAUGUCAUCCCCAAACCCUACAAAAUGUGUGCUGUAGCACGUUCCUAGAGCUCUAAAGCCAUUCUGUUUCUAAAAUGUUUAAAUCAUUUUUCCAUGACAUCUGUCUUAAUUCUUUGACCAAAACAAUCCAUAUUUCAAUUAAGGUUUCUAGUACUUCUAAACCAAAGUGGUGUUCUUUUAUUUUUCAGUUAUUGAGAGAGGGCAGAAAUGGACCAGAAGUGUGAAGUAAUUGAUAGCUCAUGGAUUAAUCUCUUAGAUCAUCUAAUCUUGGCUAAAUCAUACAGACUUUCAGCUUUUUUAUUCUUGCCGCCAUUUUCAUGGAGUGUUUGUUGAAAACAUAUCCCAAAAAAUGCUACCAAGUCCAGUUUUUUCCCAAAAGACACAAGGACCACGAAGCUGUGUUUAGGGUGUACACAGAGAUAAAUGUGGGAUGUUCAGAGUUUCAGGCUGUCAGAACAGAAGGGCUGUUUGACCUUGGCAGUCUGCUGGCCUGGAUACUCUGAUGGUCCCAGUGCCUCAGUGCAGCUUCUUCCCUUGGCUCUUCUCCCUACUCCUUUCAUUUCCAUAUGCAAAGAAAUCACAGUUUGUACUUAGUGGAAAAACCUUAAGCCAAGUUGACCUAAACCCAGAGUUCAUUAUGAUUUUCCCCAAGUAUUCAUUAAAUGGAUAACCUCAGUAAAUAAAAGCAUACACACACGGGAAAA